AGAACUUGCAGAUUGCAAUGGAUGCUUUGCAGCAGCUUUCCUUUGUACUGUUAUUGCUGUCCCUCAAAUGUCCGUCAGAGGCCAAGCAAAAUGUUCACUACAUCACAGAUGAGGACGAAAUCAACUCCAUUCCAGGUGACUUCUAUCCAUACUGUGUCGAAGUCAGUGACAUUUCUCCUCCACCUCAUUCCAUCCUGCAACCCACUUACAUGGAACCGAAAAAAAGAAUUGCUGGCUACACACAUUACGUCUUCCGGGUGUCCUUCUCCCGGCCUGUUGGUAUUAGCGGCAACGACACGACUGCAGGUUGGCAGCCUGAGCUACUCCACAUACCCGUUGGCCCGCAUGGAAGAAUGGCAGCAUACGAAAAGUCAGUCUCUAAGGCAGUGAAGCGUGCAGGUUUCGUACUCUAUAGAGUAUCUCCAAUAUUUCUCACACCUUCACGGUCAUUACUGCAGAAAUACUAUGCAGUGAAUAUCGCCCACUGGCAAGGCAGCUCCAAAGAAUUUCUCGUCCAUUUUGCUGUACCGGCACAUUCCAAGGGACCCAAUUUAACUCUGUCCCAAAAAGUGUACUUGGUGAUUGAUGGUGGAAGAUUCUACAGUUUUGGAAAAGUUAGAGGUGUUAGGCAUGCGAUUUUCGUUCCAACCACCAUAAUUGGAGACUUCUAUUUUGAGGAGUAUGUGAGACGAAACGCUUGGUUCAAACCACACCCUCCAGUUCGCUUCCAGCCCACCCCCUACUGUGAGCGCCGGACACAGAGACCACUCAGUUGGGAGGGAGCUAAAAGCAACGCUGUGCAAGACCUCACAGUUCGGUUGAACAGUGAUGCUCAUCGCCUUGAGACUUCCAUUAAUGAUAAACAGUUGUCAAGCAUUGCAUUGAUAUUAUACCUUCUACAACCAUUCAUCCCAUGUACUGUAUUUUCUUGCAGGCUAGUCACCAAGUACAGGUUUCUAGCCGACAACAGUCGUCAAUGUCCUGCUGAUUCGAACAGGAACUCUGGUGGUAGGAAUGGUGCUACUCUUGAGCAUGUAGUGGAGUAUGGGCCGCUGUAUCAUCUGCUGGAACCAUUGCAUUCUAGCUAUUGGUCAGUGGAAGGAAAGACCAUUGACAUCACCCUCACAAAUGAUAAAGGAGCAAACGCUUCAGCAUCUGUGCAUAGCCCUCACUCUGGAAUGGAUUUAAAUAUUCCAUCAAUCAUCUCCGAGGGCCUCAGGCAGUACAGGUGUUUGUUGCCUCCAAUGAAGGACAUAUCAAAACCUUCCCGUCCAACAACAGUCAAUGAGAAAUGGCACCCUCUGGACAAAUGUAUCUUCGUGCCCACCUCUACGGCUGAUAGCAUGGAAUGUGGUGGACUGAAACUAUUCAGAAAUAUAUCGAUUAUUUUCGGAGACAAGAGCUUCUGCAACCAUUCAUUCGGUGAUUGCGUUGGUCUCCCCUUUUCCUCGUUGAAACGUUUCCCAGUGAUCCCCACAUUUGGUCUCCCCGAACUAACGGGCUGGACAGAGUGCCCCUCUGACCUUUGCCCUCUCUCCUCCCAUCAACAACAUCCCGCUGGUAGACACUCAGUGGAUGGAAUCAAGAUCAAAGCAAUGCCCAGAUCCAUUCUGAAGUUUAGUAAGACCAAAAACACACAUGAUAACACAAUGGACGAUAUUCAAAUGGAGUUGAGCCCUGUUUAUAACGCUGACAGUAAGAUGGAGUACACGAUUGUGCUUAAAGGAGUGGAGGUCAUGAAGCCCGUACUGUCCAGCCAGCCAUUGCCAGUGGGGAAGGGUAGUUCCCCCCUGAGUACUGCUGAUUGUGAGACUGUGUGGAUGUUGGAGACAGAGCCUCUCAAUUUGAACAGUAUACAUCCACAAGAGGCUACCCUUUCAGCCACUGUGUACAACAUUGGACAGGGUGGAGGACAUUAUCUGUUUGAUGUGCAGUGCAGUGAUUACCUCUCUGUGCAUCCAGAGACCUCUGUUACAAUGUGGAUGGAGCCAGUAAGUCACAAAAAUGCAGUGUAGCUGCUUAUUGUGAUGCACCCUUACAGUAGUUACUAACCCUCCCUGUCUCUAAGUCAUAUUUGUGCUGUAACCAACACCCCCUGUCUUCCAUAAGGCAUCUUGGUGCUGUACUUAUUAUCUCAGAAAACCUCAGCAAAUGUCACU